CGCAGCUUUUGAUGCUUUAUAAACGAAUAUAGUCAGGCGAAUAUUGUUAUUCGGUAUUGUGCAAGAAAUACUCGCAGUUUUGAAUAUAGGUACCUAAUCGUAUUAUCAUAAGUGAUUAGUGCUUUUUAAAUUUAAAUUUGUGUUUUUCGAAGAACCAGGUGGGUAAAAUGCCUCUUGUAUUGUACAGUUUUUUGGCCAGUCCACCGGAUAGAGCUGCGAAUCUUCUGUUAAAAGCUCUACAAAUUCCUUACGAACGACAAGAAAUUAAUACAGCGAAAGGUGAUCAACACAGCGAACAAUUUCAAAAAAUAAAUCCACAGCAUACCGUUCCCACGCUUCAAGAUGGUGAUUUCAUCGUAUGGGAUAGUCAUGCAAUAAACGCCUACGUCGUCAAUCAAUACGCUGAAAAUAAUCCACUAUAUCCAAAAAAUCCAAAAAAACGAGCCUUGAUAGAUCAACGUUUACAUUUUGACAGUGGCGUUCUUUUUCCAAAAAUUCUAAGCACAACGCGUGGUAUCAAACAGAAAACGAUAACUUCUGUUACUGAAGAUAUCGUAACGUCAUUUGAAGAUGCUUAUGAUUUUGUUGAAAAGUUUUUGAAGAGUAAUAAAUAUGCUGCGGGAGAUGAAAUUACUAUUGCUGAUUUUUCUUUCGUUACUUCGUUGACCACGAUGAAUGUAAUCGUGCCAAUCGAUCAACAGAAAUACCCAUUUAUAAAUAAAUACUUGGAAUCGUUGAAAUCACAACUGAAAAGUUACGAAGAAAUUAAUGGAAAAGGACUCAAAGAGUAUACUGAAAUUUUGAAAAACGUCAAUUUCAAAUUUUUAAAAGAAUAAUUCCUUAAUUUACUGAAAAUGUGCAACUUCUAGAAUAGGUACUCUACUUCUACCUACGUUGAUACUUAAUUAUCAAAUAUCAACUUACCUAUAGGUAAUUUUGUAGGUACCUUCUUUAUGUGCAUCUAAUAAUUAGGUAAUCAAAAAGUUGUCAUCCCAUAAAGUUUUUUUUUGUAUCCACAUUAUCAUUAAGAAAUUAGUAGGUAGAUUUGAUGUAAAAAAUUUUGAAAAUCAAGAAAAAGUUCUUCAUGAAA